AUGAGGACAGGAGCACACCAGCCAAGCAAAUCAUCAUCCCCGGGCGAGAAAAGUGUGAAGAAAAAGAAGCGAGGCUGUGUGUGCAGGAAAAAACAGCUCGUGGCAGCUGCACUGAGCAGCAGUGAGCUCCCGCCCGUCUUCCUCGGCCUCGUUCCCCCUCUUCCUGCUGGAUCUGGCUCGCAAGAUCCGACCUUUCGUGCCCCCUUUGCUCAAAGAUCCUCGCUUGGGUGGUGGUUCCUGAAGAUUGCUGGGAGGAUGCAGCACGACCAGAAGAAGAAGGCCGUAGCCUGUGGUGUGGAGUUCUACAUUUACAGGAAAAACGAGUGUGAUGAACUUGCCACUGUGCAUGACCAUUGGAGUGGUAUAAAUGUAAACUUGACAGCAAUCCAAACUACUAUUCGUAAUGAAAAGGCCAGGCGCUACUUGAGCAGUAUGAGGCGGAAAAAGCCUAUACCAUUUACGCAAAAGUUCCCAAAUGCAGAUCCACUUGCACUUAGUUUGUUGGAGCGAAUGCUAGCUUUUGAGCCAAAAGACAGGCCAAGUGCUGAAGAGGCUCUUGCUGAUCCUUAUUUCAAGAAUAUAGCCAAUGUGGAUAGAGAGCCUUCUGCACAGGCUGUCACAAAGCUUGAAUUUGAAUUCGAGAGGCGGAGAGUUACAAAGGAAGACAUAAGGGAGCUCAUAUAUAGGGAAAUUCUUGAGUAUCAUCCUAAGAUGCUAAGGGAGUUUCUUGAGGGAACUGAGUCAAGUGGUUUCAUGUACCCAAGUGCAGUAGAUCAUUUUAAAAAGCAGUUUGCAUACCUUGAAGAACAUUAUGCCAAGGGAUCUACAGGAACUCCACCUGAGAGGCAACAUAAUUCAUUGCCACGGCCAUCUGUUGUCUAUUCAGACAACCGAUCACAAACCACAGCUAACAUCACCGAGGAUCUUUCCAAGUGUAUAAUCAGAGAAAAUACACAGAAGACACAUCAACAUUCUGCUUAUGUUGCAAGUAAAUUUCCACCCCAUGUUCCUCAAGGUGAUGUUGCAAGGCCUGGUAAAGCGGUUGGUUCAGUGAUGCAGUACAACCCAUAUCCAGCAUCUGCUGCUGAGCAAUAUGAGCAACGAAGAAUUGCUAGGCACCCAGCAGUUGCCCCAAAUAAUAUCCCUUCUGGAAGCUCAUACCCCAGAAGAAGUCAGACCUGCAAGAGUGAGACAGGUGAUGCUGAAAGGAUGGAUGUGAACCAAGCUGGGCAGCCAAAGCCAUAUGCAGCAAACAAAUUACCUGCUACCGUCGAUGGUCGUGGUGGCCACUGGUAG